AUGGCGUCCAUCGACGACAAGUCCAAGCAGGCGACCAUGGCCCACAUGAACCGCGAGCACACCCUUGACCUCGGCCUCUAUCUGCGCUUCGUCAAUGGCCUCUCUGCCAAGCAGCUCACCGCCGAGGGUGCGCCCGAGCUCGUCGACAUUGACUUGAAUGCCCUCUACAUUCGCACGGCCACCACGGGCACCGUCCACGUCGUACCCUUCACCCCACCCAUGACGUCCUGGGACGACCGCCGCCAGCGCAUCAUUGCCCUCGCCAUGGAUGCCCGCAAAGCCUUUGGCGUGCCUCUCCCAGAGCAUAACGCGCGGCCUUCUUCUGCGUCUACUGCGUCUUCUUCGUCUUCGCCACCAACGGGCUCCCCUGCUGCCGCCACGAACGAGCCCGUCAGUUUCCAACUACCAGGUGUUGUCCAAUUCCUCGUCAUGUUUGGUGUGGUCCUCUACUUCGUCCUCUGCGGCCUUAUGUAUACUGGCCGCGACGAAACCACCUCCAACACCUGGGCCCGCGUCCUCGGCGCGGUCGGCGUCACCGAGCGCAACUUCAUCUUUGGCGGCGCCGACGGCUUCCGCCUCAUGCUGCACCUGACCGCCGUACCCAUCCUGGCCAUUCAUAUCGCCGAGGCCUGGUGGAUGACCCGCACACGUCUCGCGUCCCGCGGCAUGAAAGUGCUGUCGCAAGACGGAUUGCUUUGGACGGGCCUGACCUUUCUGAUCGGCUUCGGCUCGUUCUUGCACUUCGACCGCCUGGCGCGGCAGCAGGCGCGUGCGGCCGCAGGUGUCUCGAAGCAGAUGUAA